UCAGACGAUUGGAACUGAACGACAUCACCGAAAUCCCAACGAAGGCGUUCGCAGCACACAAACGUUUACGGAGAAUAGACCUGAGCAAUAACAAAAUAUCAAAAAUUGCUCCCGACGCCUUUCAAGGCUUGAAGGCGUUGACAUCCCUAGUGUUGUAUGGUAACAAAAUAAAGGAUUUGCCGGCUGGAGUGUUUCACGGUUUGGUUUCAUUACAACUUUUAUUGCUGAAUGCCAAUGAAAUAUCGUGCAUCCGGAAGGACGCUUUCAAUGAUCUUCACAGUUUAAAUCUGCUGUCGCUGUAUGAUAACAACAUCCAGUCAUUAGCCAAUGGAACGUUCGACUACCUUAAAAGUAUACAAACCCUUCAUUUAGCGAGGAAUCCUUUUAUAUGCGAUUGCAAUCUUCGAUGGCUAGCCGAGUACCUUCAUCGAAACCCAAUAGAAACGAGUGGAGCGCGAUGCGAUACGCCAAAGCGUAUGCAACGGAGACGAAUCGAAUCUCUCAAAGAUGAAAAGUUCAAAUGUAAGGGUCAGGAAGAGUUCAGAACGCGUUACGCCGGCGAGUGUCUUAUCGACAACGCCUGUCCGAGUGGGUGCACUUGCGAUGGUACCAAUGUCGAUUGUUCCGGACGCGGACUUAAAGAAAUCCCACGCGACAUACCGUUAUAUACAACAGAAUUACUGCUACAAGACAACGAUCUGGGAAAAAUUAAAUCCGACGGCCUUUUUGGACGACUGCCAAAUUUGGUUAAGCUGGAUUUAAGGCGUAACCAAAUAAUCGGCAUUGAAAAGAAUGCGUUUGACGGUGCGAGUAAAAUAUCGGAGUUGUUGUUGUCCGAGAACAAAUUGUUGGAGAUACAUAACAAAAUGUUUUAUGGUUUGCACAAUUUGAAGGUAUUGAGUUUGAAUAAUAAUUUGAUAACUUGCGUAAUGCCGGGAGCCUUUGACCAUUUGACGUCGUUGCACACUCUGAAUUUGGUACAAAACCCAUUCAUAUGCAACUGUCAUUUGGCUUGGUUUUCGGAAUGGUUGAAGAAUAAGGGACUGAGCGGUUCGUCUCCCAGAUGUGCAUCGCCAGAUAAAGUGAAAGAUGUGCUAAUCAAGGAACUGCCACAGAGUGAGUUUAAGUGUACGGGUGACGGCGACCAAGGUUGUUUGGGGGAUAAUUACUGUCCACCGAUGUGUACGUGUACUGGAACUGUUGUGAGGUGUUCCAGAGCUAAACUGAAAGAAAUACCUAGGGGAAUACCGGCCGAAACAUCCGAGCUGUAUUUAGAUGUCAAUGAGAUACAAAGCGUACAAGCCGAGCGUAUGGCACAUUUGAAAGCGCUUACAAGACUAGAUUUGAGUAAUAAUCAAAUUGGAAUAUUAGCAAACAACACCUUUAAUAAUUUGUCAAAGCUAUCCACGCUAAUUAUAAGCUAUAACAAAUUACAGUGUGUUCAAAGGAACGCACUUCUUGGACUGAAAUCGUUACGAAUCUUGUAAGUAUUCUUAAACCGGGUGCUGUAUGGUUAAAGUGGACGAAAAUGGUUUAUGAAAGAUUUCAGUUCAAGUGAGCAUAAUCUAAAAUAGCAUCAAGUUAAUUUAAACAAUACUAUAAUCUGUUCACCCAACAGAUGCAGUUAAACCACUCCCAAUAAAUUUUUGCCCAUGUAAUAGGACACCCGUUUUAGCCUGUAACUUUUGAACUAGUAGCCCAAUCUUGGAACUGUUUGAAAUUAUGGAUUCUACAGGCUACAUUC